CGUUGUUUCUCAACAUCACUUAAGUCUUGAACUUUUUAGCAGAACCAGAAAAUCCUUUUUUGAGAAAAUCAACGCUUUAAUUUGUCUUAAAACUUUAUAAAUUCUCAUAAAUAUGGCAGCAGAAAUCGCCGGAAACAAAUAUGACUUCAAGGUACCGGAAAAGCAAAUCAAAAGUGCUAUGGAGAUGGCCCGCUGGGAAAAAUCGGAGGCAUAUUACGAUCUGUUGGGAUUCAUAAGCAGUAUGUGCGUUGCCCUGCAAGCGACCAGGCUUAGCCAAAAAAUAGAGAUAAAUCCUGUUAUACAGAAACUGAUGGACGCUCUCAGCCGACUAGAGCAGCUGGCCAUUGAAACCCCGCCGGUAGAUCAACCAGCCCGUUUCGGGAAUAUUGCUUUCCGCAGUUGGUUCGAAAAAGUACAGGCCGAGGGUCCAGGCUUAAUUUCUGCGGCUUUGCCUGAACAUUUGCAGGAUGCUGUCAAAGAACUGAAUGUUUAUUUCGUAGAAUCUUUUGGGAAUGCUACACGGAUUGAUUAUGGAACUGGGCACGAAUUGGCCUUUGUUAUGUUUCUGAUGUGCCUCUUCAAGACGGGAGCCAUUGAAAGGAAGGAUGAAGUCGCUGUUGGUUUGAAACUUUUCAAUCAAUAUCUGAACCUGGUGCGAAAACUACAAGUCACCUAUCGAAUGGAACCAGCCGGAAGUCACGGUGUCUGGAGUCUGGACGAUUUCCAGUUUGUACCAUUUAUUUGGGGUAGCGCCCAGCUAGCCGUGAACAGUCCAAUCGAGCCGGCCCACUUUGUGGAGGACAAGAUAAUCGACGAACACAGGAAAGAGCUCAUGUUCGUCAGUUGCAUCGACUACAUCCGGCAGGUCAAGACCGGACACUUUGCAGAACACUCGAAUCAGCUGUGGAGUAUCAGUGCGGUUCCUUCAUGGGGCAAAAUUUGCACCGGUUUGAUCAAAAUGUACCAGAAAGAGGUGCUGUCCAAAUUUCCGGUCAUUCAGCAUGUGUACUUUGGAUCGAUCCUAACGUUAAAUCUCGUUAAACCUGGCACACCCACACCAAGUCCACGGCUGGGAAUGAUCCCUCGGCAGCAGCAAAUCGUCGCUGCCCCACCAGCUCCGCCAAAGUUUGAAAAAACAACAGCAACAAACGGAAGGCGCUGCGGCAAUUUGGUUUUCGUUCCGAAAAUUUACGCGGAUACUGCGGGGGGAGGUUCCGAAAUGGGCUCGGCAGAGGUUGGCCGGAUCAAUCCGCAGCAAGAUUUCCUGUACACCGGUCAGGAUCUGAUGCAGUUUGCGGUUUGCAUGAACUGUUGUCGCUGUUCGCCGUUCUUGAUUUAUCUGGGCGCGAAUUCACAGAUGAGGAAGCUGGAGGCAACAAAAAAUGAAAACCAUUUAUUCUGCCCCGAGUGUACACCAUGUUCGAGUGCUUUUCAGAAAGCAUUCCCGGGCGAAAAAUUGUACCGCAACGAUAGUAUUCUUCACGACCAAGGGCUUCUGGAACUGCUUAGCCGGUUCAUUUACGGCAAUCCCUACUACGAGUGUUUGCGCAAACGAGAUAGAAUAAUUAUUACCGAAACAACCAAAUUACUCACUUCCUACAAGCAGCUGUCCAAAAUUUCAUUGCCAAAGCUGAAAAAAUUGGAUUCACUUUACGAGCUGUUUCCCGCCUUUCAUCGAAUGUUUAACGAACGAUUCGACUCUCCGGAUCAAGUCACAGAUGCCAUACAGAAAAAGUAUCAAGAGAUAUGUAGUGCGUACGCAAAUCUUUCAGACAUCGAAGCAAGUCAGCUUCAGGAUUACAUCGAUAUCGAUAUCGAUCGCACGCCUCGGCACAUGAAGUUAACCUCUCAUCGACAAUCUGCUCCGGUAAUUCUUACAAGUGUUCCGGAUGCAUUGCUAGCAACUCCGCUUGCUAGCCCCUCGCCCGCAUCGACGUUGAACGUAUCUAGCUCAACUAUUCAUUCGUUGGAAGAUACUGGUCCCCGAGAACCACUUCGAACCUUAGACCUUACCUCGGAAAGUAGCGCAGAAAGUAUUUCAAACGACCUGCAAAUUUCUUCACAGGAACCACCGAGUCCUAGUAGAAGUACUAUCGUUUCCCUGUCUCAGUCUCAAUCUCAAAACCAACCUUCAUCCCAAGGACAGACCAGAGCGACAGAUCCUCAGUCACAAGCCUCCUCGGUUUCGAUCAAUAUCAGCUCACAAUCCGUCGAGGGUGAAAGUCACCCCAGAACAACAAUGAGUUCAUACAGCUCCACCAGUUCAGAAAGUCAAUCGUCAAAUGUUGACAACACCCGUAGAAACCCACCAGAACAGACCUCAAAAACUACACUGGAAGCUUCAUCAUCACAGGAGCCUUACAACAUUAGUUCCCAGUCCGUCCCAGCUGGUAAUCGAGAAACGGAUACCUCUCUAUCCUCGACCGAUUCCGAAAGUACCCGAAUCACGAGUCGACGGCGGAGCUCAGCGGAAGCCGGUUUAUCAAGUCCGGAUCCUCAGCCCGGGCCAAGUGGCGUAAAACGACCUCGAAGAUCUCGAGACAAUACUCCUCCGAUGAAUCCGUCUCCGAGAAAUUAUGCUGCUCAUCCUUCCGCACGAAUGCCCCGGCUUGGGGGUGGAUGACAACUCUGCGUAGCGUGAAUUCUUUGGAUUUGUAUUUAUAUGGUUAAUGUUUCGUGCGACGUCGGUUUUUAACUAAAGCAAAUAUUGUAAAAUGAUUUGAAGAAUAAAGAAACAAGUGAUAACAUAAAA